AUGGGCCUCUUCACCUUGGAUGAUCGGGACUCAGCGAUAACAUAUUCUUCUGAUGACUGGGAAGAAGCCGGAGUAGAGGAGGAGUUCAAUUCCACCUCGACAAGGACGAGCAUCAGGGGACCAACCGCUAAUAUCUCUUUCACAGGGAGAGGAAUCAGUGUCUGGGGUACCUUGGGCCAUGCGGGUCUCGGACAUACACCUCUGUCCACCUACAUCCUCGACAGCAGCCCUCCGAAGAAAUAUAGAGGCGCGUUACACGGCAGCCUGCAAUUUCGGCAAAAGUUCUUCGAAGUCUCUGGGCUUGCACCUGGUCCCCACAGUCUUUCGGUCACCAACGACGUCGAGAAUGCGUAUUUGUACCUGGACUUCGUGCUGAUCACCCCAAUUGACUCGCUUACUCCGCCUAUGCUAAACCAUGUUCGGCCUACUCCACCCCAUCGGAACUGGGAUUGGAAGACCCCGCUCAGUGCUAUGAUGGGAGGUUUCGUGGGAGGUCUGGUCGUCGCUGGAUGUUUAGUGAUGAUUUUCUUGGUUGGGCUGCACGAGACGCGGAGGGUUCCGAGUCCCAGGAGAACUCAUACGUUUCCUCUCAUUAAAUUCCUCUCAAUUCCCGAAGUCAUCGUCGUUCUCCUACAGGUUGUGAGGGGAUUGUAG